AUGUCGUUCUCUUUCGGCACUCCCGCUUCCAGCGGAACAUCCAGUGGAAGUCUUUUUGGCACAUCCGGCGCUGCCUUCGGCUCCAACCAGAACAACUCGAAUACUGGGUCCGGCGGUGGCUUGUUCGGAAAUGUAGGAGCUUCGUCCACCAGCGGAGCUGCGUCUCCUUCGCUUUUCGGUGCCAGCUCUGCCGGCGGCCAGGCUAGCCAGGCUGGCCAAGGCGGCUCGAUGUUUGGUAAUGCCGGCGGUGCCAAUGCCCCCAGCGGCGGCAACUCUGGCUUCAGCUUUGGUGGCCAGGCUGGCAGUGGCGCCCAGUCUAAUCCUUCGUUUGGCAGCAUGCAGACCUCCGGAUCGACCACGCCUGCUCAGCCCACUGCCGGUGGAAUGUUCGGAGGAGCCGCUAGCAAGCCUGCCGGCGGCAGCUUGUUCGGUGCAGCUCCGUCAACUACCCCAGGCCCCGCGGGUGGAUCUCUGUUUGGUAACACCUCAACCACCCCCGCUGGCCCUCCUCCUGCAUCUAAGCCGGCCGGUAGCCUCUUUGGCGGGAUGAAUGCCGGUUCUUCUACCACACCGACCUCCUCCGCAGCUCCAUCAUCUACUACAACAUCUACCACUCAACCGCAACCCUCCGGGGGCCUAUUCGGUUCCGGCGCUUCAUCUGGUGCCUCAAAGCCUCUUUUCGGAGCACCCCAGUCUACGACACCCGCUACUGGGGGCGCUGGCGGCCUUUUCGGUGGCGCAAACAAGCCGGCUGAACCCACCAACCCGACCACAACUGCGAGCAGCGCUCCUAAGCCGCUCUUCGGAGCCGCCGCUGGUGGUCAACCGCCACAGGCUGGCUCCUCUCUUUUCAAAGCCCCUUCUGCUGGCGGCGAUGCCGCCACGAAGCCUGCAUUCCCCUCUCUCGGUGCUUCUUCCACCACCCCUACAACCCCCCAGUCUCCUUUGACGGCUCCUGCAGCCUCGACUGCUACUCCUCAGAAGUCUCUUUUCCCUUCCCAAGGUGCCACAUUCUCGACUGCCCCGUCGACUACUCCGGGAGCGGCUCCGGCUGGCGGUCUGUUCCCAAGCCUGGGUGGUGCUAAAACCACUGCGAGCAGCACCCCGGGAACUGCGGCUACCUCUGCAGCUCCGCCGGCCACCCAGCCUGCAGCUUCCGGGCUGAGCUUGUUUAACAAGCCGGCUACUUCUACACCUUCGACUCAAUCUGGCACUGCUCCUUCCACGGCCGGCACAACCACUACUACAGCUGCCCCGGCCACAACUGCCACUGCCAGCGCCGGUGGUGGUGCGGCUCCUUCGGCUCUUGGGCAAUCGACAACCGGCCCCGCGCCCCCGGCCCAAUCUCGUCUGAAGAACAAGACGAUGGAUGAGAUCAUCACCCGAUGGGCUACUGAUCUGACCAAGUACCAGAAGGACUUCCGCGAACAAGCAGAAAAGGUUGCUGAAUGGGAUCGUAUGCUGGUGGAAAAUGGAACCAAGGUUCAGAAGCUAUAUGGCAGCACCGUCGAUGCCGAGCGUGCCACUCAGGAGGUUGAGCGCCAAUUGACCUCGGUCGAGGGUCAGCAGGAGGAACUGAGCUCGUGGCUCGACCGUUAUGAGCGGGAGGUCGACGAGAUGGUAUCCAAGCAAUUGGGCCCUGGCGAGACCCUUCAGGGACCGGACCAGGAGCGCGAGAGAACAUACAAACUGGCCGAGAAGCUCUCAGAGCGUCUGGACGAGAUGGGCAAGGAUCUUACCAGCAUGAUCGAGGAGGUAAACGGUGCUUCAGCAACCCUGAGCAAGACCAACCGCGCAGACGAACCAAUCUCCCAGAUUGUCCGCAUUCUCAACUCGCACCUGUCCCAACUGCAGGUCAUCGACCAGGGCACCUCCGAGCUGCAAGCCAAGGUUGCCGCCGCCCAAAAGCACGGCCAGUCGAUUUCUUCUCGUAUCGGAUAUGGAUACAAUAGCCCUAGCAUGGGCGGAGGAAACGCCGCGGAUGAUUUCUACCGUUCGUACAUGGGCCGUCGGUAA